GCUCACAAGUCACAAUUAUCGACUAUCGUGCACGUUUUAUCUUUCGCAGGCUCCGACGUAUCGGAUUCGGGAUGCAUCAGACGUCAGUCAAACGGACGUUUCGGCCAGCACCUAAUGACAGUCCCCAAUGGACUCUUGUCUUGUCAUCGAAAUCCCCAAUGGACUCUUGUGACCGAACGGCACCCCCCAGUCCCCACCCUACUCUGCUCCCCUCUCCAGUUCCCCGCCACGUUUGUGAUCCUCCAAAUACCCACCUACUGCCACAGGAGAUCGGCUACGUGGCGGAGACAGACGGAAUGAAACGGACACCCCCCGACCCGGUGGCCACACCAUACUCGGCCACACCCAGGCUCUCCACCGCUGUACCGUCGUACUCGGUACACUCCACCAACGAAGCACCGUGCAGCCGUCCGGCGUGGCAGCACGGAGCGGUCAGUGACCCCGGCCGGCCGGCACACGGCGCUGGUGAAAGGUGUUUGAGAGCGAUAGUGACUGCGCCACCGCCGACCGCCCGCCCCGACCGCCCGACCGACCGACCGGCGCUGGCAGAUUGGGAUACAGAACUGCUCGGCAUCCACAGUUUGGGGAGCUGCGACUCCCGAUCAGCCAUCCCAGCUCGACCGUCUUCGGUCACCGCGCAGAACGCGUUCCGCACAGCUUCCUGUGGCUCCGUCUCCAAGCUCAACGUGACUGACUCUCGGUGCCGACUUCGCUUACAUCUAGGGUCGCCAAGAUAUCGGUCUCUGAGGGCGUCUGACCGUCUGGGCGGAGACAAAACCAGCCGGGUCGCCAAGAUAUCGGUCUCUGAGGGCGUCUGACCGUCUGGGCGGAGACAAAACCAGCCGCGCGCGGCCCGGCGCCGGGAGGAGGCGCCCUCCGCGGCCCGCGGACAGUCCUGAGGAGCGGCACCGGCCGGUCAGCCACCCCCGGACGGAGCGCAGCGGGCCGGCCGGGCCGACCGGCGAGCGCGGCCCGUC